AUGGCACCAUACUCAGGAAAGAGUGAAUAUGAAAGGGAAAAAGAUAAAGAAAGUCUAACUUUCUUAGCUACCAAUGGGCCAUGUACAUCUUUAAUAGUAGUAAUUGGCUUGGCUUCAAAGAAACCUGCUAUAUACAUGCUAGAUAGACUGAAUGGUGUGAAUCUAUUUUUUUACGAACAUGAGAUAUGUCCUGGGUUGGUUGCCGAUAUUCAUUUCUACAGGAAUGGAUCGGAAAGGCUGUUGGAGAAAUUAAGAACCACCGAGAAUUUGGGUACUGUUAUAGCAUUGGUGAAUUGUUACCGAAGGCAGUUAUACAAAAGGCAAGAUGUAUUUAUGCCAGCAAAAGUUACAGUUAAAAUUUCCAAAACAAUGUUGGCGACCUAUUCUGCAACAACAUCUUCCCAAGCAACGUUCUUGGAAUGUGCGGAAUACACCGAGGACAAUAAAGACAUCCAAGACAGUUGCUCCCUCACUAGGGAUUUAGCCGUAACGGUUAAUGCAAGCGUGUACAAGGUUGCCUUGUCAUAA